CAACCAGUUUUUUCAUCAAAACUAUCCAUCAAAUCACUAUGGCUCGUACCAAGCAGACUGCCCGUAAGUCCACUGGUGGCAAGGCUCCCCGUAAGCAGCUCGCCUCCAAGGCUGCCCGCAAGGCCGCACCUUCUACCGGAGGUGUCAAGAAGCCUCACCGCUACAAGCCCGGUACCGUCGCUCUCCGUGAGAUCCGUCGCUACCAGAAGUCCACUGAGCUCUUGAUCCGCAAGCUCCCCUUCCAGCGUCUGGUCCGUGAGAUCGCCCAGGACUUCAAGUCCGAUCUCCGCUUCCAGUCCUCCGCUAUCGGUGCUCUCCAGGAGUCCGUUGAGGCAUACCUCGUCUCCCUGUUCGAGGACACCAACCUCUGCGCCAUCCACGCCAAGCGUGUCACCAUCCAGUCCAAGGACAUCCAGCUGGCCCGCCGUCUCCGUGGCGAGCGCUCGUAAUUUCUUCAUCUCUAAUAUGAGUUGAAUUUCAA